AUGCUGGCUCUGGUGCUUAUCAUCCUGUCCUUCGUGUUUAAAAGAGACUCCGAGGAUUCUGUUUCUAAGAGGAACUGGCGCUGGCCAGCCACACGCUUCACCAAGACUCUCAAGAUGGUGGUGGCCAUGGUGACCAGCUUCUUCAUCUUCUGGCUGUCCUAUCAGAUUUCCCUCAUGAUUUUUGUCUUGCUCCCCAGACCCUUCCCUGGCUGGAAGCUCUUAUCAUUCCUGACUAUGGACAAGGAGCGCAAGUCCCACCCUCUUUCCAUGGCGGAUUCUGAGGUCCCUAAGAACCAGAUCCAGGACUUCAUGAACUUCAGCAAAAUGAAUGACAGUUCCUAUGACAACAGAAGUUCGGGGCCCCCGCCUAGUUUCCAGGCCUAUGACGUGGUGGCCGUGGUCAUCUACAUAGUGGUCUUUGUGGUGGGCGUCCCGGGCAACGCGCUGGUACUGUGGGUGACAGUGUCGGAAGCCCGGAGGUCUGUUAACGCCAUCUGGUUCCUCAACCUGGCUGUGGCCGACCUCCUCUCCUGCCUGGCGCUGCCCAUCCACAUCAUGACCAUCCUCAUGCACGGCAACUGGCUUUUAGGCGACACAGCCUGUUCCGUCCUGACCGCAGUCUUCUACAUCAACCUCUACGCCAGCGUCCUGCUCCUCGCCACCAUCAGCGCCGACCGCUUCCUCCUCGUCUUCCGACCCAUCUGGUGCCAGAAGUACCGCAUGGCCAGGCUGGCCUGGCUGGCCAGUGGCGUGGCCUGGAUGCUGGCUCUCGUGCUCACCAUCCCGUUCUUAGUGUUCGGAGAAUUCUUCGAGGACUUCCUUUCCCAAACGGCCCUUUGUGUUGUAGUCUUAACGAUUGGCAGAGAAGAUUUUGACCUUGCUUUCAACGUCACGCUCUUUUUCCUGACUUUCCUGGGCCCCCUGGUCACGAUGAUCGUCUGCUACAGUUGCCUCUUGCUUCGGGCCUGGCGCCGGCCGGCCACGCGCUCCACCAAGACCCUCAAGGUGGUCGUGGCCGUAGUGACCUGCUUUUUCAUCUUCUGGCUGCCCUACCAGGUUACCAGGAUGAUAGUAGUCAUGUGGGACAUAAACUCCUACAAAUCAUUUUAUGUCUUCCCAUCCAGGAUAGAAAUGGCCCUGGCUUAUGUUAACUGCUGCAUCAAUCCCAUUAUUUAUGUAGCUGCCGCCCGGGGCCUCCACAUCCGGGUCUUCAAGUUCCGGCCUGGCCGGCUGCGUCAACUGCUGACCGAAGGCUAG